GCCUUGUUGGAAGCAGGCUGUCUUGGCGCAGUGAUUGUGGGAAUGGCAUGGAUUGAUUUCAGGGUGGAGUCUUGUUCACCCAUAAUGUUCUUCAAGAUUUCCCUUGCCUUGGGGAAGGAGUGAUGGGUCAAUUUUUCGAUGUCGAGAUGGUCUUUUGUUGGUCAACGUGUUGGUCGGUGACUGGUGGCGGGGUCCAACCUACAUCGCCCGACGAUAUUUUCUUUGAACCACCAGCCAUGGUCCAAAUGUGCUUUUCGAUGAUAGAGAUGAAGUCGGGGUAGUGCAUGAGUUGGCAAAGUUUGGCUCUGACUUGUUUGAGGCAUCGCUACAGGUGGCCUAACACUUAGAUCUGAGCAUUCUUCUUCGAAGUGACUGAUUAUCCCACAAUUAAAAUAAACUUCAGGAAGAUUUUCAUAUUCAAUGGUUUGCAACAUAUCGUCAAGAUAGAAAUCAACAAUUAGAGGUUUCGAAACAUCUAGCUCUAGUACUCGCUUGUAAGAUAAGGGGGUGGCUGAGGUUUGGGGAGUAAGAGAGGGGCACUUAGAUUAUAUCUUGUUGUAUAUCUCUCGAGGGGAUAAGUGGUGGGAAGUGUGACAAAGGCGUCGGGGAACUGGCGUCCGACGGGCCUUCAAGCGGUACCAGUAGAAAAGGAGAGGAGAUCCAUGGGUGAGACGGUUGUUCGGGCAUGGGUCCAUCGCUUGGUCUUUCUUGUGAGGAGAUGAGGAUCGAGAAUGAGUUAAUUCAUCGGUUAUUAAUGAUUAAAUUUUUAGAAAUGAGGAAGUGAUAUCCAUACCCAAUUCUAAAAAAUUAAUUUAAUGGCAUGAAACGAAAGGUAUUUUUUUCCCUGAAGAAAACAUCAACUUUUUAUUAUGCAUAUUUUGUAUUUCGCAAAAAAAGCAUCGAGGAAAUUGGAAAGAGAGUGUAGCCCACGGGGAGGCUGAUGCCACGUGGAGCCCCGUACACAUUUGGGGUCCGUUAUUGGCUGUUCCCCUCUCCAUCACACAUUCCAAUCAAUCAAAACCCACACCAAGCCGCAUAAGGAAAGGAAAACGAAACAAGGUGUGGAGUAGCAGCAGCAGCAGCAGAGUAAGGAGCACAAGAACAAGAUGGAAGUAACAGCAGCAACCUGUGGACGCAGCAGCAGCAGCUUAGGAAUAAUAACUCCUCCCUUCCGCAAAACCAAUUCAUUCUUCAAACCCAUGGCCAUGGCUGCAGCCCAGAAACCAUUGCCCUCUGCUUCUACAACAGCUGUCUCCAAGAAGAAAACUACCUCAUCGGCAACCUCGGUGAAGCUGCUGACAAGGGUGGAGCAACUGAAGCUGUUGACGAAAGCCGAAAAGGCCGGCCUGCUCUCCGCCGCGGAAAAAGCCGGUCUGUCCCUCUCCACCAUCGAGAAGCUGGGCCUCCUCUCCAAAGCUGAAGAACUUGGGGUCCUCUCGGCCGCCACCGACACUGCACUGCCAGGAGCCCUCCUCACUGCCAGCUUGGGAUUGCUGGUUUUGGGGCCGGCGUGUGUGUACCUUGUCCCUGAGGACAACCUUUGGCAGGUUGUGAUUCAGGCUGUUGUCGCUCUGGUCUCUGUUCUGGGUGGCUCUGCUGCUUUUGCUGCUUCAAGUUUUGUGUCCAACUUGCAGAAAUCUAGCUAAUAAAACUCUUGUUUGAGUUCUGCCCUUGUGAAUGUUGUUGUUGCAUAAUGUUCCUUGGAAUCCUAAAUGGGCAAAGAGCGGAUGUCAUCUUAACAUGGAAACAUGAGCAUAUAUUUCUAAUAGAAUCAUGAAUCCUCAGACCUCAAAAGCGUGCAAGCUGCUUGUAUAGCUGUCUUGAAGGUCUCUGUGCCUUCGCGUUGUGUGCAUCACAUAUCUGUAGAUUGAGCCGCAAAGCUGUCAGGUUUAUCACAACACUUGUGCCUACUUACUUGGACGAUCUGGAAAGGUAAUACAGCCAAAGGGGCAAUUCGCCAAAGGCAACUUUAAGAAACAGCUCUUCGAAUUUUAGGCAUUAUAAAUCUGAAAUCCCCGCGCGCGACAUACCUUGCAUCUCACUGUGUUCACCAGUGUUCCCAGCAAUGCCAGUCAAUGCAUUUUCACCAUUUGCAUGCUGCAUUUUCACCAGUGUUCCAAUCAAUGCUCAGCCUCAGCUGCUGAGCCUCGGCCUUUUGUUUGAUUCUCGCCUUUGUUUGAUUCUCACCGGAGAAGAAUGAUACGUGGGUUAACAAUCCUUCUUCUCAUUUUCCCAGGGGGCCGGCCACCACAUCCUUGUUAAACACAAACACCUUUAAGAACUCUGGACUCCUCUAACUGGCGUCCAGGAACCUUCUCAACCUUUUGGAGGAAGGAUUUGGGUGUUCCACAAGUCUGAACUGGUUGUAGCUGCUAACGCAACUGAAGAAAACUUUAUUCGCCUG